UAAUCUAUCAAGAAAUCAAUGGCUAGAAUUUAAGAACUCAUAAAUUUCGGAUCUGUGGCUAUUUUAACUCCCUAAUAUUAAUUGGAAACACAAUGCAAAAUAAAUGUCGAACAUAAAUAAAUCUAAAAUCUGAAGUAAAAUAUUUUUUAUAUUUUUGAUUUUAUCUGUUUAAAAAUACAAGUCAAUAAGCUUCAUCAUGGGAUAAUAAAUUCUCUCAAAUAUUAUUCCUACAGGUGAAAUGAUACAGCUGCUAAGCGGAAAACUGCUGUAUAUGCUGCAUGGUCAUACAUACUACGAGAAGGCUCUGGUCAAGAAGCGAAAGGCCACCAGAUGGGCCUGCACCAGGGGGUCCACCUGCAAUGCAUACGUCCACCUCGACCAGCAACUAAAUAUGCUGAACAGUUCCAAAAUCAACCACAAUCACCGCCCAGCUACUUACCAUAUGAUGCCCUGCGGGAAAUAUGUCAAACUUUAGUGAACAUUUUCAUGACGGCACGGGGCAAAGAGCGGCUGAUCUACCACAACUACACGUAUUACAAGCAGCAGCGUACGCGCAGCGGAUUCAGAUGGGGCUGCACCAAGAACCGCUGGCACAAGUGUAAGGCGUACCUCCAUUUGGCAGACGAUAUGACGAUAGUCCGGUGCAAUUUGAACCACACCCACAGUGCGUUUAGCUCGACUUAAGCUGGUGAAAUAAUAUUAAUAUUGCGUUAAGCACCGCAAUACCCGGACAGCUAGUAUCCACAGCUUCAAGCUGCGACUGCAUAUCAAACUUCAGUAUUCUACGUACACACUAAGGCCCGCCAUACACGAACAGCUUGAAGCAGCUAGUAUCAACAGCUUCAAGCUGCAACUGCAUAGCAAAAACAGUAUUCUACGUAUACACAUACACGGAACCGCUCGAGCAGUUACGUAGUUUGCUAUGCAGGGUUGGAAGCAGUCGAUAUUAGCAGCUUCAAGCUGACCGUGUAUGGUGGUUCUUUUCUUGCACGGAAUUGCUCUAGCAGUUGUGACUACUUUCGAUUGGCUGGUGGUCAAGCAGUCGCCAGUCAUACACUGACUGAUCGAUCUGUCGACUGCUCUCGCGCAGUUACCUCCGCUCGCACUCGCAAUCUAUAUUCCACGUCACGCGCUUGUGAUUUGUUGUGUAUGUUCAUCACUAGCUCACUGCUCGAGCUGUCCGUGUAUGGCAGGCCCAUGAUCUGCUUUUCGUUUCUGUAUCUAGCUGUUUCGAAAUUUAUUUACGCCAAAUUUUCGAGUCACCAG